AUGGCGUCCACGCCUGGGAACCAAGAGCGGCUGGACCGCAUGCGUGCGGCGCUGGACAAGUUUCUUGGGCUGAUAGAUCACAAGGCAACAGCGAAAAAUUUCGCCCAUGCCCUGCCGCAUUUGGAGGCCGUGGCGGCGGAAAAGGCUCGCCUGCAAUUCAUCCAAGACCUCAAAACGGCGAUCCAAGACGACCUGGAAGGACUGAUUGUAAAAUACGAACUAGGACCGCGUCUUGCUGAAUUGGAGGCGCUCACACAAGAAGCUGACGAACGGCAGCGGCAUGCACAUGCACCCACGUCGGCGGAGCUGAAAGAUGUAUGGCGCCCUACGAUAGAUAUUGCGACAGCCAUUCGCGCACGCGUAUCCGCAGAGCAAGCGCCGCGUAUCGCAGCGCUGGAAGCGGAGCUCGCCGAGCUCCAGGCUGCGAAUGCCGCCUCUGAAGCACGCAUUGCGUCCAUGGAAGCAGAGACCCAAGCGGCGCAGGACCAAGUCAGCCGUUCGUUUACGUUGUUGGACGAGCUACUUCAUGCCAUAUCCAUGCAAGCGCCUGAAGACGAGAAAGCCUUGCGUGCAACGCUAGAUACCCUCUUGCAGGAUACACGGCCUGUAUCAUAG